AUGGGCAUUUUACUCUUUAUGAAAUAUAUGAUGUUCCUCUUCAAUGUACUCAUAUUUAUGGGAGGCAUUUGUCUCUUAGGAAUAGGUGUAUGGAUUGUUGCUGAUCCUGAUGGAUUUCAGACUCUUUUCACUUCUAACCCUUUAUUAAGUGCAAGUGGCUACAUCCUGCUUAUUGUUGGAUUGGCGCUUGCACUACUUGGAUUCCUGGGAUGUUUUGGAGCAAUUCGGGAGAACAGACCACUUCUCUUAGUGUUCUUUAUACUUAUUUUGCUCUUCUUCACUGUGGAACUUGUUGGAGUUAUUUUCGCCUUGACCUAUCAGAAAAUGAUUAAGGAAGAACAUUUUCUGCUAGAGUUACAGCAGUAUUACAAAGGAGACAAUUCUUCUGAAGUUUUCAGCCAGUCCUGGAACAGCAUUAUGAUUGCGAUGUCCUGUUGCGGUAUAUCUGGAUUAAAUGACUUUGAUAACAGAUCCCACUUCCACCACUUGUAUCCAUUUGCACCAUGGCCAGAAGCAUGCUGCAAGCGUGACAACCCAGUUUUAUCUGGAAUCAUAAAGGACAAACGGAAGUGCAUGGAGAACACUCCAGACUACACUAAUAAUCAGGGCUGUUUUAUUACCAUUGCUAGAAGUUUGAAAAAAUAUAUUUCCAUAUCAGGAGCUGUAGGUCUAGGUGUACUUGGAGUUGAGAUGUUCGCCAUGUUCUUUUCUCUUUGUCUGUAUUACAAUUUUGACUAGAAGACCUGGAUGAAAAAAACAA